AUGUCUGGCUUCUUCUCCCUACUCCCGGAUUUACUUCCGAUGAUCAUGCCUUCCGAAGUACAAAUCACAAAGGCUUCCGACCUUGAGGCUCAAAGAGACGGGAAGGAUGCGGCAAUGAUCCGUCAAGGAGCCGUGAUCGGCAAAAGUGAUAGGAUGUGUGCCAGUGAGACCAUUAUCUACGCUGCCUCGGGCAAGGGCAUGUAUGUCAUAAUCCCCGAAUUGGUGACCAGCUCCGGCGCUGACGAAGAGCCUAAGAGACAUGAACUGUCCCCGGGCGACUUCGCGUUUGUCCCGCCAUGGACGGAGCAUCAGGAAAUCAAUGAGACUGAUGAGAACGUCGUCUGGGUCCUGAUUCGAAGCGGCCCUGAACCUGUAGUGGUCUACCUGACGGGUUGGGGAGGUGACGAAGCAAAGGCAGAUGAAAUUGAUUGA